CUUAUCUUUUCAUUACAGAUCGUGUUUUUUACUGGAAUCGCCAUUAAUGAAUGUAUAAAUUAUGUAUUAAAACAUACAAUCCGCCAAUCAAGGCCAAUGAAGAGAGAUGGCAUGUAUGCCGAAUACGGCAUGCCAUCUACUCACGCACAAUUUAUGUGGUUUUUCGCUGCAUACGCAACACUUUUUAUAUACGUUAGGUUAAAUUACAACUGUACGGUAGUCGAGAGAUUUUGGCGGACAAUAGUAGCGAUAGGAUGCAUCGUCACAGCCAUAUUUGUAACUUACAGCAGGGUGUACCUAUUGUAUCACUCCUAUAAUCAAGUACUCUGCGGUUUGUUAAUUGGAAUCGCGCUGGGAACAGCGUGGUUCGCAAUUAUGCACACGAUUCUGACACCACUCUUCCCCGUGGUGGUUUCGUGGCGAAUAUCGGAGUACUUGUUGCUGCGCGAUACGACGCUAAUUCCCAAUGUCUUGUGGUUCGAAUACACGAACAUUCGUACGGAGGCACGGGCACGAGCGAGGAAGCUGUCGGCGAUCGGCAGGUCGCAUUGACAACCAAUCACGGCCGGCCAGUAGCGGCCGAUAAUAAAUGCCUUGAUUACGAACGAUUCGUGAUGUUAAACAUUCCUGCGAUCGACCGCGUUCGGAGGUUUUUAACGCGGGGAGCAUUUGAUCCGAUUAUUAAAGAUGGUUUCAUUGGUUUCGAAAAUUUCAAAAUAAGGACAUGAAAAACGAUUACAAAACGAUGGUCAUCGUCAUCAUCAUCAUCAUCAUCAUCAUCAUCAUCAUCAUCAUCAUCAGCAUCAUUAUCAUCAUCUAGCAUCAUCCAGCAUUACCAUUAUUGAGAUAAUUACUGUCAUCUUAUAGUAUCGAUAUGAUAAUGUUAAGCGUUUUUAUCGAAAAAUGAUUAAAAUAUUCGUGAUUAGAAGGACAUUGCCGGGAAGAAGAUAACGACUACGACUGCCAUGUGAAGUAGAACAGGCUGUUGGCAUCGCCAAGAUCAAACGCGUUUGAUCUUGGCAUCGCCAACCUUGGCAUCGAAUUCCCAGCGAGUUACACUCACUUUUAAAAAUCCCGAGAGGCACGUGCCGCAUAUGUGUGCCAGAUUCUCUCCCUGUGUUCUCGACAUCUAAUUAAAUUAAGAGCGAAGUUAACGGUGGGACGCACACAGUUGAUGCUUAAUCGAGCGGGGCUCGGGAACGAGUCGGACGACGAUUAGUCAGCUGCGAGGUGAAGAAUUGCAAAGUCGAUCCAGAAACUUCACCGGCGUACUGUAAAACGUUUCUUCGGUGUUCAUCAAAAUUUCAGCGAGACAUUCAUCCGAUAUAUGUCCACGUCAUACUUUGUGUAAGAUAUUCAGUUCUCGAGGGACAUGGGAAGAAGAUUAAGGUAGUUUAAUUCGAAAUGCAUGCUUGACUGAUCAUUAUGGAAGCUGCUGAAUUAAUAAGAUUCAGUGAGAAUCGAAAUGACAUUGUUAAAGAUUGAAUUCUUCCUCGCCCGUCCGUUGUCGGGUCGCCGUCAUUUGCAAGAUUACUGCCUGAAAAUCGUUGGAAUCAGUCAUAUCAGUCUUUCUAUUUUUUCAGAAUUAAUGCGUUAGGUGCGGUAACGUUCUCAAGGGAUCUCGAUUUUGAGCGCGAACACCGGACAGCGUUAAUCGUUAGUCGGAUAGGAAUUAGAAACGCGCGAACACAUAGCGAUGUUACGUACGGUAGCUCAUCGAAUUUUUUUUCCUCUGCGAAGGAACGAGACGAAGGAGGAUGUUUGCAUUUUUGUUAAUGGAACUCAAUAAAGCAGCACACGAGCAGUGCAGUCGGGCGCUUAAGUGGUUUUGUGAAAUCCCGAAAAUUACAGUCGCCUCGCAAAUGUUUAAUAAAAAA